CAGCAGGAGCUCACGGCCGCGGACGAGAUGGUCGAGGAGGCCUGGAAGAGUGAGGCCAAGGAUUUGAUCCUUGCGGCCGACAGCAUCAGCGCCAUGUUCACUGCGGCAGAGGAGAGCAUCGACGAGGACUGGCUGGGCGACGUGGACGAGCUGCCAGGAAACAUUUACCGGAUCGCGGCCUUGGGCACGCUGACCGGCGGACUGUUCGAGAGCGGGGUGGAACCGUCCGAGACUUUCUCGAGACUGGUCCGCCUCGUGGGGUGCAUCACCAUUUUCUUGAUUCAGAUUUGCGGCCCUCCCCUCCUCAUUGCGAGCGUCUACUUUGACUGGGGGGUCCUGAGAGAGAGCGAUAUCAGCUGGGGCGACUGGGAGCCUUCGUUCUCGGAUUGGGCGGCUAUCAAGACGACCAAGGUAUUGUCCACCCUGUUCUUGUUCGUCUUCUCUAUCAAUGGCCUGUACGUGAUCCUCCAGGAGAAGCAGUCUUGGUUGAAGAUCUACAAGACGUUCCGUUAUCUGAAGCACAACACGCCGAACAUGGACGUGAGGGGCGAGCCCUUUCUGAUCCUUGGGCCCAUCGUCAACUCGUGGGUCAUCUUGCUGACCUGCAUCGCGUCCUUCACGAUUCUGGGUGCGAGCUUCAGCCCGCGGAAUGUGCUCUUCGAUGCCCUGGGCCUCCUCUUCCUCUACAACCUCGACGACAUCGAGGGCGACCUCGGCUUCGUGAGCGCGGAUGACUGGGACGGCCUGCGGCUUGGAUGGGUCUACAAGGAGAUGGUGGCGCCGAACUACACCAAUUGCAACGUGAAGUGCGAAGAGCAGUUGACGUACGAUGCAGACGACAUCGGCCGGACAGGCUGGCAUGCUGUACGACGUCGUCUCGAUGCUGCUGCUGGUUGGCGCGCUGAUCAUGCCGACCGUGGCGUUCGUUACCCCGUUCCUCGCAAUCGUUCCCGAGGGCUUCGAUUGAGGCCACACCCGAAGACCCUGCGCCUGAACGCGCGCUACACUGCCGCACGCGGGCCGUGUUCACGACGGGCGUACUCGUGCACAUAGUCACGAAUCGGGUGACGAAUUCGGCGCCUCCGGCGCACCGCAUGCCAGCUGAUGAGGAGCCCCGUGGACCACGAGGGGACUGAUGCCGCGACUUUGUGCGGCCUGAAGCGCCCGCUCGGCCAGCACCACGGCGACGAUCCCGGAGACGCUCGCCCAGUGAAUUCUAAGUCUGGCGCCUGGGGGUGAUUGUUCUCCCCCUUCGCCUCCGCCCUCUUUCCCCUCCUCCCCGUCUCCCCUUCCUCCCC